AUGGAAGUUUCAGGAAAGAAAACGGAAGAAGAACAAGACACCAGCUCUACAGCAUCAGAACAUAAAAGUCUUGAAGCAGCAAUUGAAAUUACAACGUCUCGGACCAAUUCGACAAAGGAAAAUGAAGACACAGAGUUCAAAGAUUCCCCUGCAACGAAAGAAUCUCUGGAGGUUGAACAAAGAUUAGAAGAAUAUAGCUUAAAAACAACCAGAUCUGUUGAUGAAAGGAAUAAAGCUUUUACAGCUGAUAAUUUGUCAGGAUAUGAACAAGAAACUUGUAAAGCCGAUGAGAAUAACUCGGAUUUGGCAAGCAAAAACACACAUGUGAAUGAAGAUAUUAAAACCAAUGAAAUUAACAACGAAGAGAAUGAUACCUACAGUAAAGAACGUAUGCCUAGACAUAAAGGAAAUUUGAAAAAGAUAGCCAGUAAAGAACCAUGUUCUAAACACAUUGGUAGUGAAAUAGAGUUUUAUUGCGAAGCAGAUGAAGAAUUAUGCUGUUGUAUUUGUGUACGUUCUGAUCACAGUUGUUGUAAGAGUGUGAAGAGAAUUGCGGAUAUUGCACAUAGCUUUUCAGAAAGUAACGACUACCGAAACACAAUGAAAAGUCUUGAUUUUGUAGUUGAAAUGGGGAAAUCUUUUGAAAGUCAGUUGCGAGAAAGUUAUGUCGCUGUAGAAGAGUACCGUUCAAAAACAAGAAGACGUAUUUUGGAGUAUAAACAUGAGAUAAAUGCCUUGUUUGACAAACUGGAACGUGACAUUUUGUCUAAAAUUAAUAGUAAACAAAAAGAUGACACCAACGAAUUAGAAUCACUUCAUCAAAGAAUUAGCACAAUGCUUUUUGAAGUACAAGCUAUAAAAGAACUGAUUCAUACCGUACGGUUAAAAUCAGACGAAAAUUAUCAACUAUUUAUUUCAGUAAAGAAAUUGAACAAAAAAAUGAACAGUUGUUUUGAAGACAUAAAAUGUAUGAAACAGAAAAACCUUAUUCAUGGAUACGAGUUUAAGGCGGAUGAGAAAAUAGAGAAACUUAUAGGUGGUGAUAUAACAAAUCUUGGCGAACUUUGUAUGAAAACGCCCGAAACACCAGCGGCAAAAUUGAUAUCGGAGACUCGUGUUAUUAAAUUAAGGUCAAAAUCAGUCACAGUUGGAUCAGUCCACAGAAGUAGAGAUUCAGCAUGCAGAAUCACAGGAAUGGUUGCAACAAAGUCUGCAUUAAUCAUUGUCGAUAAUGCAAAUUGUAUGAUAAAAAUAUUUUCCAUAAAAGACAGUACAAAGCUGGAUCAGAAAAGGUUUUCAAGGGCACCGUAUGAUGUUACAUUAAUAGCUGAAACAGAAAUUGCAUUGACUUUCCCUGAUGAAGAAGAAGUUAAGAUGACGUCAAUAAUAAAAGAGGGUAAACGGGAUAGGUCAUUGAACACGCAGUGCGCUUGUAAAAAUGUAUGUUUCAUAGAUAACAGGAAACUAUUAGUUGUGACUGUCAGAGGCUCUGACAAUAUUCUGUUACUCGACAUUUACGGCCGUCCUUGCAAACCUUUUUUGUUCACCGGCAGCAGACUGAAAAAUAUUGACAUUGUUUUCCAUGCAGUAAAAGGGCGGAUAACGUAUAGAAAGUCAACCCCAGCAUGGUCAACAUCUACACAGGUAAAAGACGAUCUUAUGCUUGGCUCCGGCAGAGAGGGCUUUAUAUUAGCCAGAACGGAUAAUGCAAUAGUAUGUGCAUUUGACUAUAACGGACAGGAAGACUGGACUUUCGGACUGAAGUGUGUACUAAAGGCAAUAGCUACAGACGAAGACGGUACUAUGUAUGUCGCUUCACCACAUCAGUCGGACAUGAAACCAGUGACCACGAUUGAAUCACAUACUACACCUUGGUAUACACAUAGAGCUGAAGUUACUCGUCUUGCAAACAGUCCACUGUCGUGCAUUCAGUGUGAGAAAAUGAAUGUGUCAUGCAUGGUGUAUUGUAAGGACAUGUACCAGCUUUUUGUAGCUGCUGACGACGAGAUUAGAGUUUUUCCAGUUUUAUAA